CCCUCAGCCCCGCUACAACUGGCAUCUUCCGACUCUUCUCCACUUACAUUUUCCAACUAGCUUUCAUCAUGUUGUCGUCGAUCGCAAAGACGUCUGUUCAUAAAGUCGCGCUCUCUGGAGCGCGCAGAACGAUAUCCUCUCUCCUCCACGGGUCACCAGAAGCGAAGAAAGCAGGAGACAUUGAGGUUCAACAGCACUCAAGGAUUGUUGCUAGGGGGAAAUAUGUCCAUGGCUUCGAGGUUCACCGAGUUAAGCCGGGGGCGAUUGACGAGUAUAAAGCUGCAGCGGAGAAGUACUACGCUGGAAUCAAGGAUGACCCAGAGUUACACGUCAAGUUGACUGGAAGUUGGGAAACCCUAGUGGGGCAGCAGGACACUUUCGUUCAUAUACUCGAAUACGAGAAUUACGCUGGCUUUGACAAGACCACUGGACUCAUAAGAACGUCAGAGCACGCCAAAGCGUACAAGGCCCUCCUGCCUUACGUUACUUCACGGUCAUCUCAGCUAACACAAGAAUUUGCUUUCUUCCCCACUGCGCCACCCCACGCCCAAGGCGGCGUCUUCGAGCUUCGGAGCUACCAGUUAAAACCAGGUACCCUACUUGAGUGGGAGAAUACAUGGCGGAGAGGCAUUGAAGCUCGUCGCAAGUUCGUCGCGCCUAUCGGAGCUUGGUUCUCGCAGGUUGGAAGAUUACACCAAGUGCAACACAUGUGGCAAUACCCGAGUCUCGAGGCGAGGAAAGAGACACGCGAGAAAGCAUGGCAGAUCGACGGUUGGGCGGAGACUGUGUCCAAAACUUCCCAACUUGCGAAGCACAUGGAUUCGUUCAUCCUGCUCCCGCUCUCUUAUAGCCCUUUGAAGUGAGGGCACAAUUAGCCGAGCAGGUGGUGUUCCGCUCCGCUUACUUCGAGAUCGAGUCCAAAUAAAGCCUGAUCUCUUAUCUUGCUUCGGCCAUACCCUAUUUAUAUACUCCACCAUACUAAAUACUCGAAGGACUCGACCAUUAUUUCAAGUGUAUCACUGCCAAUACCUCGUCAUCCAUUCGGUAGUUGUUUUAUGCAGGAUUCGUUAACCACUGAGGCAGUGGAAAGAAGGGAGCAAGUAUCGCUGCGAUAUCCUUCUAGGCGGAGUCAGCAAGAAAGUCUUGGACCGUGUACACGUGGGUAUCAUAUAUACAAGAAUAAAGCUACUAUGGAAUAAGUCGUUGCUUCAUAUCAUGCAAUUAAUGGAAACCGUGUAGCCAACUGUAAGAGGCUAACGAUAAUAUUAUGCUAG